AUGUUUCUCCGCGCGCUGCUCGGCCGCGUCUUUACGCUCCUCCUUCCGCUCACGCUCACAGCCUCCGUUUACCUCUACCUCUACCCCGUCUUCAAUGGCUGCGGUUUCCCUCUACCUCGAGCGCAAUCAAAAGGUGCCGACGGCUCCUCGAUUCUUGCCCGGCUGCAGCAGAAUGUCGUCGUCAAUACCUUCCUCCAACACCUCCGCACCCCGGACACGGCCUCGGACAAUCAGCCCGCCAUCUUCAGACUGCUAGUUCUCGCAGACCCGCAGCUUGAGGGUGACUCGUCUCUGCCGCUGCCUGACUGGAAGCUUGUUCCGCGCAUGCGCACGCACUGGCGUGCUGUCCAGGAAGCAGUGGUCGAAGCGUCGACGACGACACCCCUCCCGAAGGCACUGCUAGACCAGAAUGUUCUCGACAACAUUAAGACUGGGCUGAAGACGUUUGCGACCGAGGAUAUACCCCGUUCCAUUCGUGCAACACUGAAGCAGGUAGACCUGUUCGGAAACGACUACUAUCUCGCGCACAUUUACCGUACCCUGUUCUGGUGGACUCGGCCAACGCAUACUACAGUGCUGGGGGAUCUUCUGGGAAGCCAAUGGAUUGAUGAUGAAGAGUUCUCAUGGCGCAGUAAGCGCUACUGGACGCGGGUUUUCCGCGGUGCAGAACGCGUGGACGAUGACCUUACCGCGACGGGCAUCAAGGAUGAUGAUCGAGUACAUGUCGCGCCGCCACUGGAGCCCCUCGGACCAGAUGAAGACUCCGCAUGGCCGAGGCGCAUCAUCAACGUUGCCGGAAAUCAUGAUAUCGGGUACGCAGGAGACGUGAGCAAGGCGCGGUUGGAGCGUUUCGAGCGCGAGUUUGGUCGCGCCGAUUGGGACAUUGGUUUCGCGCAUCCUCCAGUUCCGCGUGGAGGUAAUGCGACUGAUGGGUCUGUUUUCUUGCCGACAUUGCACCUUAUCAAUUUGAAUACUCUUCUAUUUGAUACGCCUGCUUUGUCUGAGGACCUUCAGUCUCGCACCUACUCGUAUCUGAAUGCCCUGAUCACCGAACGUCUGUAUCCAGUUGAGGACCGCUCAGCUUUUACCUUGCUUCUUACACACUUGCCCAUGCACAAGGAAGAUGGCAUUUGUACCGAUGGGCCCUAUUUCACAUUCCAUGAUGAGGAUGACAACGAUGGCGUUCCGCGGUGGAAGGCUGGUGGUCUGAGAGAACAGAACCAUCUGAGUGAUCAUAUCAGUGCCCACGGGAUUUUGCAAGGUAUUUUUGGACUGAGUGGCAAUGAAAAUGCGGCGUAUGGUGGUUAUGGCCGGAAGGGACUCAUCCUUACGGGCCACGAUCACACCGGCUGCGAUGUGAUCCAUUAUAUCAACCGGACGGCCGAUACCCAAGGCGAGACUACUGGUGAACCAGAUGACUCUUCUAAACCCCAGAGUUGGAACUGGGCCGCCAAACGCUUCAACAAGUAUAGACCGGAAAAGCCAACUACCCCGUCCAUCCGCGAGGUGACCCUGCGCGCGAUGAUGGGCGAGUUUGGUGGAAAUGCUGGUCUUUUCUCUGCUUGGUUUGAUGCCAGCAUUGGUGAAUGGGAUUAUGAGAUUACGAUGUGUCCGGCUGGUGUACAGCAUAUCUGGUGGGCAGUGCAUGUGCUCAUCCUGGUGACCGGGAUUCUUGGACUCCUUGGAUUGGUCACCAAGGUAUUCGAGACUGAAACGGGUGAGGCUGGAACGGGCAAGACGACGCGCUUGGAGGCGUCGAAGUCGAACGGAAAGGUGUCUUCCAGAGAAUGGACACCGGGCAAGGCUCGUUCUCGUGAUGAUUUGAAGAGAUGA